AUGAAUAACAAAACAGAUAUAGAUAUAGGUGUUGUUGUUGAGUCAACUUGUGUUAUUACUAACUUUUCAAAUGAAACAAUGAACUUUAUCUUUCAUGGCAAAAAAGAAUCGAAAUAUGAUUUAGUUUUUACUCCAUGUAGAGGUGUGCUUAGAAAGGGUCAAAACAAAGAAAUUAAAAUACAAUUGUUGAUGCAUUGUACUACAAUUCUUAGUGAAGAAAUUAAAGUUACUAUUGGCUUUUCUCAUUUUAAAAAAUUAAUGAAUAAUUAUCAACACCAACUUAGUUUAAAUGGAACAAAACUAGAUAAAUCAAAUAAAUCUCAACGUUCAUUUAGGUCAUCAUUCUCUAGUAUUUCAAAUCAAAACUCAACCUCAUCUGAUGAAGUUACUGUAAAACCAUCAAAAGCAAAACGAUUUUAUGUAACUUUAACUUUAGAAGCUCAAAGUAAUUUAUCAUAUAAAUUAAAUAUUAAUGAUAUUACUACCUAUCAACCUCCAAUAGGUGAAGGAACAUUUGGUAUUGUUUAUAAAGGACAUUGGAGAAGUCUAGAUGUUGCUGUAAAAAUUAUUAAAACUGAUAUUGUAUCUAUUGCUGAUCUCAUACAAUCUUUUACUGAAGAAGUUAAAUUAUUAGAAAAACUACGUUCUUCAUGCAUAGUUUCAUUUAUUGGGUAUUGUGCUGAUGAAGAAACAGUAUGUUUAGUAUUAGAAUUUUGUCCAUUAGGUUCAUUGAAAAAAUAUCUUCAAUCAAUGCCAACUUCAGUUCAUCUUAAAUUACGUUUUUGUCAAGACAUUUCUCGUGGAAUGUUAUAUCUCCAUGAAAAUAAUAUUAUCCAUAGAGAUCUCAAAACUGACAAUGUGUUGGUUUCAAGUGAUAAUCCUUAUGAUGCUGUUGUGUGUAAAGUUAGUGAUUUUGGAACUUCAAAAUGUUUUAUUGAACAAUCAAAUCUAAAAGAAAAAAAAGAUAUUGGAACGCCAAUGUAUAUGGCUCCAGAAAUUCAUUCAGAAGGAAUACUCAAACUUAAAUCAGACGUAUUUUCAUUUGCAAUUUGUAUGUUAGAAAUAUGGUUAGGAAAACCACCAUAUAAUAGUGAUGAGUUUCCUAAUGCAGAAUCAAUUUUUAGAUUUGUUUGUGCAGGGAAACGACUUCAUAUUCCUAAAAAAUGUUUAUAUCAUGAUAUGAUCAAGAAAUGUUGGAAAGGAACUGUUGACUCUCGACCUUCUUUUAAAGAUAUUGAAGAAUACUUUGAGGAGUUAGUACAAACUGUUCGAGAACAUAAAGACCAGACUUAA